CAGAUUACCCAAGCACUGGGGUACGGCAUCAGUAGGAAAACACAGGUCGCUGUUCCAAUCCAGAGCACAUCAAUGACCAGACCAAGCUAAUAUCAUGGCUGAAGAAUAUAUGUUCACCUUGGUCUGAGCAAGAAGCAGCAGCAGCUCCCUCCAAUGGCUUCCCAGCUACCCUCCUCCCUCGCGGCAUCAGCGGGCCUGUGCUUGCUCUCGGUGCUCGCCGCGGCCCUGCUGGCGGUGGCCCUCUACAUCCUCGGCGUCGUCGCGUCCUUCGCCGCCUUCUGCGCCAGGGAGUACGCCCGGCGGGACCGGGGCCGGCCGCCGCUCAUCGGGACAGUGUUCCGGCAGCUCAGCAACUUCGACAGGCUGUUCGACGAGCAUGUCAGGUACGCGCUGGCGCAUCGCACCAGCAGGCUCGUCUACCCUGGCCACAGCGAGCUCUGCACCGCCGACCCGGCCGUCGUCGAGCAUGUCCUCAAGACCAGCUUCAGUAAAUACAGCAAGGGGACCUUCAAUUAUGGCAUCAUGAAGGAUCUCUUCGGGGAUGGGAUUUUCGCAACAGAUGGGGAGAAGUGGAAGCACCAGAGGAAGCUGGCAAGCCAUGAGUUCUCAACCAGAGUGCUCCGCGAAUUCAGCAGUGUUGUGUUCAGAACAAAUGCUACUAAGCUGGCAGACACAAUAUCCUCUGCAGCAACUAAUAGAACUAUUAUAAACAUGCAGGAUCUUUUGAUGAAAACAACUAUGGAUUCUAUCUUCAAAGUGGGAUUUGGUUUCGAGCUGAACACACUAUCUGGAUCAGACGAAUUAAGCAUUCAGUUCAGCAAUGCGUUUGAUGAGGCAAACUCUCUUGUUUAUCACCGAUAUGUUGAUCUAUUCUGGCAGCUGAAAAGGUAUUUCAAUAUCGGAUCAGAAGCCAAACUUAAGAGGAAUAUUCAGAUCAUUGAUGGCUUUGUGAUGAAGCUGAUCCAUCAAAAGAGAGAACAAAUGAAUGGACAAGAUAAUAGAGCAAGAGAGGACAUACUCUCAAGAUUCAUAAUACAGAGCAAAAAGGACCCUCAGACAAUGAAUAAUCGUUACCUGCGUGACAUAGUCCUAAACUUCCUGAUCGCCGGGAAAGACACGACUGGGAAUACUCUCACAUGGUUCUUCUACAUGCUCUGCAAGAAUCCUAUAGUGCAGGAUAAAGUUGCCCUUGAAAUCAAGGAGUCAGUUGAGUGGGACACGGAAGAUAACAACACAGAGGAUUUCACAGCAAGAUUGAAUGAAGGCGCUAUUGACAAAAUGCACUACCUCCAUGCUGCGAUCUCCGAGACACUACGGCUGUAUCCAGCUGUUCCAGUGGAUAAUAAGAUGGCAGAUGAAGACGAUGUACUACCUAAUGGUUAUAGAGUGAUAAAAGGAGAUGGAAUGAAUUACAUGAUUUAUGCAAUGGGAAGGAUGACAUACCUCUGGGGUGAAGAUGCUGAAGAUUUCAGGCCUGAAAGAUGGCUUGUGAAUGGAGUCUUCCAGCAAGAGAGUCCUUACAAGUUUGUAUCCUUCAAUGCAGGACCCCGUAUUUGCUUGGGGAAGGAGUUUGCAUAUAGGCAAAUGAAGAUCAUGGCUGCCACCCUGAUACACUUCUUCAGGUUCAAACAGGCAGAUGAGUCCAAGGAUGCUACAUACAAAACAAUGUUUACCCUCCAUAUGGAUAAAGGCCUCCAUUUGUAUGCCUACCCACGUCCAACUUGAACUGCCAACCAAACUAUUGUAUCAUUUGUUACUUUGUUACUGUUGCAAAAAUGUACUACAUAUUUCACAACUAUACUUUGCGCAAGUUAGAAAAAAAAAAACCACCUCAUGCUUGGUAAA